CCGCUGCACCAACGAGAACCCCAGAUGCAGAUAUUUCCAAGCCAGAAAUCUCGGGGGGAGCUGACCAGGGGGAGAUGGAGGUGCACCACCUCUUCCAUCAGAUCCUCGCAGCGCUCAGCCACUGCCACACCUGGGGUGUGGCUCACCGGGACCUGAAGCCAGAGAACCUGCUCCUGGACCGGCACCAAAACAUAAAACUGGCAGACUUUGCGCUCAGCGCCCAGUUCUCAGUGGCGGCGCUGCUCAAGACCCCCUGUGGCAGCCUGCAGUUCGUGGCCCCCGAGAUACUCCGUCGCCAGGAGUACAGUGGCCCCGCGGCAGAUGUCUGGAGCCUGGGGGUGGUCCUCUAUGACAUGGUCACUGGGAAGCUGCCCUUCGAGGGCACUAGCCUUGGGGAGCUGCGGGCCAGGGUGCUGAGCAUCGUCUACCACGAGCCGCACUACCUCUCCCAGCAGUGCCGGGACCUGCUGAGGAAGAUGAGGACGCUUGACCCCUAGAGCCACAGCAACCUGGACAGUGUCAUCCAGCACCCCUGGGUGGGGCUGAUGAAUGGGCUCUCGCUCUGCCGUGAGCAAUCCCUGGGCCCGCACAAGGUCGCAAUGGAAGCCAUGGACUGCCUGGAGUUCCGGAAAGAGGUCAUCGACAGCGUGCUUUUAGAGGGCAGGUAUGACCCUGUGA